AUGUUCCUUAGGUGGAACCAGUCAGCUGAAUUCCAGUGUUGUGUGCGUCCGGGUGACCCUGUGACGAGACAGGUCAAGGGACAGUUAAUUGAGUCACGGCGGCCCAAGCCAUCCAUCUCUGGCCGCCACACCCAGGGAAAUAUUGCAUGCAAGCACCGUCCCUUCCUGACUCAGCAUGCCUCCACAUCAUCGCCCGGGCCAGAGUUGAUUCACCGUAAGGAAGUACCGUACCUAACCAGAUGUCAUCUAGAAUACAUCAUCGAGAUAUUCAGUCGUGCAUCUACACCCAUCGAGAAACAGCACUUACAAGCAGGGAGAUCUACGGUGACCCAGCUGACGCCCUUCACGAACUACACGUACCGGGUGUCGACGAAGAAUACUGUAACAGGGAAAGUUAGCUCGACAGGUCGUUUUGAGGCGAGGACCAAUCCUACUGGCGACUUCGAUGGAGUCCGUCACUUCUACAGAUAUAAUUAUAAUAUGAAACCCAUCUCGUGCCCGGGAGGCAGAUCCUUCUUGGGCAAAAACACAACAGAUAAUUCCACGAAGAUUUCUGUCUGUCCUUAUUGCAAGAUCAUCCUCGAGGUCCAAGCUGGGAAUGAGGAAGGAAUCAGUGACAUGGAAACAACGGAUUUUGAAACCGAAGCUGCCCGUCCAACGAGUCGGGUAAGAGCCACUCACUGCUCGCCCACCGCCUGCAGCGCCUCCCUCACAGAUGGCUGCGACACUUACAACGGACCCGACAUGGCCAUUGAAUACACCUUUCUCCCUGAGGGCAGUGAACGGCAAAGGUGUCACGAGAAGACGUUCAACGGAAGCCAAACCUCCCGACGAGUUCCCCUUGGAGAGGUGCUCGACCUCGACAGCCUGAAGGAGAACCUGCUUCCAUAUACGACGUACAGGGUGAGGGCUCUCAGCCUCACUUUGAACUGGGACGAGCCGGAGGACUGUCCACCCACGGGAGAGAUAAAGGAAUACGAGAUUUCUUGGAAAAAGAACGGAGGCUCGUAUCAGAGAGUGAAGACUACCAACACGGAAUACGUUAUAGGCAACUUGGAAACCGAUACCAAAUAUGUGGUUACGGUAGGCUCUGAGGUCACCCAUACCCGCCAAGAAAAUACUAACAUAACGCCCCUAUUAGUCUCAGUAAUAUUGGCUAAGUUUGAGGGACUGAUGCCCGGUCGCCAGUAUAACCUCACAGUGAACGUUUGCAACAGGAGAAUGUGCAGUGACAGUGUAUGGACUUUGAACUGGACUGUACCUGAGUCUCCGAGUGUGCAUGGGACUUUAACAUGGAUAAGCAAUCAACCAUCAUCCACUACGGUCUAUUUGCCUUACAUCUUGCGCAAGUCAUCAGUAGAUGUUCAUAAUAAACAAUACGUGAUGGUGAGGGAAGAUGAGGGAGACACGGCCAAGUGGGGGGACGCGGAGUACUUGAUCAGCCUCGCCAAGGGUUGGGACAAACAGCGCGACAUAAGCGACGUGGAGUGGAUCAGCGCAGUUCUCGAGGACGACGAGGUAGCCAGGGCACCGGAUGUCCGAUUUAUCAUUGGAGACAACACGACUCGUCACGGGGUCCAUAACCACCCAAUUGAAAGCGACAAGUGUUAUCUGGUAGCAGUGGUCUCAGUGGCGACAGCUGGUCCUCACGAGCGAUACCAUGUCUCAGAUGCCAAACCACUGUGCAAUGGACCGCGACCAAUCCUCGUGGCUGUGGGUAUCAUUUUUGGUAUUGUUCUGCUGCUGGCUCUGACUGCAGUGGCCCUGCAACUGAGAUAUGGAAAACAAAUCAGCCAAAAAAACAUUAGCGUGGCAGCUGUAGAGAAUAGUAAUGGGCCCAUUGGCAACGCUGAGCCUUCUCGCGGAUUUGAAAUUCCCGCGCAAACCAAACCGUUACUCGUCAGGCAGGAAAGCACAGAAUUCAUGUCGUCUCUGGAACCCAAAGAAGAAUAUACGCAUCGAGAAUCCCACAUUUAUGAGAAUUUAGGCCGAAAAAUCUCCCAGGAGCAUUUAGAGGCUUACCUUGCCAGGGCGAUUAACUCUCAAGAUAUUGACUUCGAGUUUAAGAGCGUUCCUGUCUCCAUGCCCAAAAGUUGUUCAUACGGAGAACGGAUGGAGAACAAGCGGAAGAACAGAUACAGAAACAAUCUUCCAUAUGACGACACUCGCAUCGAACUGCCUAUGUUGCCAGAUCAGCCUUUUUCGGACUAUAUAAACGCCAGUCUUAUCCAGGGUCACGUGGAAGGCACUGACUACAUAGCAACCCAAGGCCCCAAAGAUUACAGGAAUGACACGGUGUCCGAUUUCUGGCGGAUGGUGUGGCACUGUAGGUCGAACAUCAUCAUCAUGGUGGCCAAUCUGGUGGAAAACGGACAAGUGAAAGUGGCACAGUAUUGGCCGGAAAAACAACCAGUUUUCUGUGGCGGUCUGCAGGUCACCCUCGUGGAGGUGGAGGUCAAGGUUGAAUACAUCAUUCGAAGGAUGUUAGUUACGUAUCAGAACGAAGUAAGAAAGGUCACGCAAUACCAGUACAUUGCUUGGCCAGAUCAUGGUGUCCCUCACAAUCCUUUCGGUUUGGCGCUCAUGGUGUCUGCCAUUAGGGAACAAGAGGCUGAAGGUCCGACGAGUCGUCCAUUGCAGCGCCGGCAUCGGACGCACGGGCACGAUUCUCUUCGUCUUCCUCGCCCUCGACCAGAUUCAGACCUCGGUUACUUAGACGGGCUCGAGGUCCUCCUCCAGCUGAGGAACGGGAGGCCAAGGCUCAUCGAGAACACGAUCCAGUACAACUUCGGCCACCGCAUACUCCAAGAAUUCCUCUUCGGGAUCAACACCAGCUUCGCCUGUGGAGAUUUCCCGAAGGAGCUCUCGAGGCUGCGAGAGACAGACACGGAGGACGGGGCUUCGGUGCUGGAGAUGCAGUAUAAGAAGCUCAAGAAUCUCCCAAAGGUAUUAUCCUUCAUCAUGGCUAAGAACCCAGCAUGCGCGAGUCUCAACAGAAACCCUGACAUUUUGCCUGCUGACAAUAGAAUGGUGUUCGUGCAGAGUUUGGGAGGCGGCCUCGAAAACCAGUAUGUGAAUGCAGUGAGACUCAACUCUUUAGACCGCAAGGACGCAUAUAUUGCAGCAGAGUAUCCCCAGCAACAUACCAUGCAGUCUAUAUGGGCCCUUGUGUACGAAAGGAGAAUCCCAGUGUGGGUCCUCAUGCAGACCUUCCCAGAGAAUGAUCAGGAAUACCCGUCGGUCAUCCCAGCACUCGAGAGGCAACAGGUCGGCCAGUUCCUGCUUACUCUUACAGGUCUUCAGUCGUAUCAGAAUUUUGUAGAGUACUACAUAGAAAUUGCCGUUCAAGGAUCACGAAUGGCAUCCCCCCACAUGUGCGUUCUUGGUCGUAAUGAACGGCUGGCCGCACGACCAGGACCUCCCAUCCUCAGUGGAGCCUCUCUUGCGGUGGCUGGAAACGAUGCGGUAAUCCACUUCACACGACCCCCACUUCCCUACGCAGUCUUACUCCCACACACGUGUCGCAUACCACUCCAGCUGUUUGACCAGAUGGACAAGGGCGGGUGCUCGGCAAAAGCUGACGCCAGACAGCCGAGAUGCGGACGGCUAGGAGCAGCACCGAGCAAAAAGGUGGAAAAGGGGCCACGAAAGGACGCCGGCGAGAAGGAGUAA